AUGAGUGCGUGUUGUCGCCGAGGCCUAAUCAAGAAGCAACAAGAAGAAGAAGCAUUAGCCAGACUUCCGCUCAACACGCUAUUCAUCGUUCAUUGGAUCCGAUCCGACCCUCCUCCACAAAACGACUUCCACUGGGGUUACUACUUCCAUACUAGUACAAUGGACGGCACCGAAUAUCAUAUGCGAAACCUCGGCGGAGGUUGGAUACCCGAUCACGGCCCUACCGGUGGUUUUUUCAAAUCGAAUUUCUUGUGUGUCCUUGUGCAAGUCGCCAUCGUUCCAGGGACCGUCUAUGGUGAGCUUGAUCGGAUAAUGAGACCGCAUGAUGGGGAUGUCAACAGCAUACCUGGAGUUACCUGUCGUGUGUUGUUGAUGAGGAUCCUAGAGAAACUCACUGAGCAAAGCAUUGUUCGAUGCAGAAAUUUUGACGCUCUAUUGCUGGAGUGCAUGGCGAUCGGAAACCAGUAUAGCGCAAGCGCUGCCAUCAACCAACAGCCACGGCCGGUUGUGAGAUCCAGGCUGUGCCUCUGA